AUGGUCGAACUUAUACACCCCCCCGAUCCCCGCACAUUACUGCCUCCCAUCCUGGCAUGCCUCCCCACCGCAUUCGUAUCGCCACGUCCUCCUCCAGCUCUCCUCCCUCUUUUGUCCCCGAUUCUGCGCCAACGAGUCCAGUUCCUCACUUCUGUUUCGGUUUCCCCAAGUGAUUCAUGGCUCCGGUUACUUUCGUGGAAAUCAGAGAAAGGAGAGGAACUUCAGGCUCUCGUGGACGGCACAAAUUUCGAGCCCCACCCUGUUUCGGGGGAAAUCGAGCUGCCCGAUGAACUGCCCGUGAGCUACAAACGGAUUGACGAAGAGACGCUCCAUGCACAGGUCGCGCUUCCCGAGUACUGCUUAAAGGCUAUCUACCUCUGGUGCGCGCCUGAUCAAGAGAAUGAAGGACCAGGCUGGCGACUGGCCGAAUUGUUACCCCGAGAAGGAGCGGCGGAGGAUGAGGAGACAUGGUCCACUUCGAUUGGGGAGGCGAAUGCGCAGUCCAAGGAGAGGUUGAUGGAGGAUGCACUGCGGGCUGCGGAGAAUGACGAACGUGCCAAGCAAAACGGCCAAGGACAGCAAGAGCAAGAAGAGGACGAAGAUGAUGCUGCAUACUGGGCCCAGUACGAUGCGACACCGGGACGAACCCCGGCCGUCAAGACACCAGCACCGAACCCCAUCUCUUCCCUGGAACAACAAAAUGCAUCUGAAGCAUCGUAUUUCUCUCGAUAUGGCGAUGUGCAGCCAGCUAUGGAUAACCAUGACCCUGAGGAGGAACAACCCGAGGUGGGGCCGACCUCACUUAAUGGGGACCUGCUGGCCAGUCUCCUGCAAAGGCAGGUUAAUGGGUCCGAUACUACAGACUCUGCGCGGACCAACGGCUACGCACCAGGAGCAGCCAACGAGGAAAGUGCCAUGUCACUCAAUCACCCACGUCCGUCGUCCGACUCGUCUGUCAGCUCUGAUGCAGUAGCGAAGUUGGAAUUGGAAGCAGAGAACCGGUCUGCGUGUGAAGUAGGGGUCAAACAGCACAUCACCUCCAACGUCAAGAGCCUGUUCCGGCUAGCCAAGAGCACCGGGAUCUCUCGAACGGAGUUUCAGUCUUUGGUUAAAACGGAAUUGGACUUGCUGGACGUGACUGAUGCUGACGAGUAA